GAAGGUGAGGAGCUGGUGCAGGCCAAGCCGGAGCUGAGCGGGGCCGUGCGGCGGCAGCUGGAGGAGCUGAGGAGAUGCUGGCAGGAGCUGGAGACCACGAGCCAGGCCCGGAGCCGGCACCUGGCCGAGGCCGCGGCCGCCGAGCGCCUGGCGCGGAGCUACGCCGACAUGGAGGCGCGGCUGGGCCGGCUGGAGGAGCAGCUGGAGACCGUGGGCAGCGGCGCCGACCUCCGCAGCGUCAGCCGCCAGCUCAAGAGGCUGCAGACGAUGGAGUCGCAGGUGGAGGAGUGGUACAAGGAGGUGGGCGAGCUGCAGGCGCAGGCGGCGGCGCUGCCGGCGCAGGCGGCCGGGCGGGACGCGGUGGGCGAGCGGCAGAGCGCGGUGGGGACGCGCAUCGUGCGCCUCAUCGAGCCCCUCAAGGAGCGCCGGAGGAUCCUGCUGGCCUCCAAGGAGGUCCAUCAGGUCAGCCAUGAGCUGGAGGACGAGGUGAUGUGGGUCCAGGACCGCCUGCCCUUGGCCAUGCUGAAGGACCACGGCACCAACCUCCAGACCGUCCAACAGUUCAUCAAGAAGAACCAGAACCUGCGCCGGGAGAUCCAGGUGCACCGGCCCCGCGUGGACGAGGUGCUGGAACGCGCCGCCGCCGUCGCCUCCAUCAAGAGCCCCGAGGCCGAGGGCGUGCGGUGCCUCCUGGAGCGGCUGGGGACCAUGUGGGCGGAGCUGCAGGAGCAGACGGAGCGCCGGCAGCAGGCCCUGGAUGCCACCUACCAGCUGGAGCAGUACUACUUCGACGUGGCCGAGGUGGAGUCGUGGCUGGGAGAGCAGGAGCUGCUCCUGAUGAACGAGGAGAAGGGGAAGGACGAGCAGAGCACCCUCCAGCUCCUCAAGAAGCACCUCCUCACCGAGCAAACCAUCGAGAACUACGAGGAGACCAUCGCCCAGCUCUCCCGCCAGUGCCGCGCCCUCCUGGAGCUCGGCCACCCCCAGAGCGAACAGGUCAGCAGGCGGCAGUCGCAGGUUGACCGGCUGUACGUGUCUCUGAAGGACCUGGUGGAGGAGCGCAAGGUCAAGCUGGAGCAGCAGUACUGGCUCUACCAGCUCAACCGCGAGGUGGACGAGCUGGAGCACUGGAUCGCCGAGAAGGAGGUGGUGGCCGGCUCGCCCGAGCUCGGGCAGGACUUUGAGCACGUCACGCUGCUGCAGGAGAAGUUCCUGGAGUUCGCCAGCGAGACGGGCAGCGUCGGCCAGGAGCGCAUCGCCGCCGUCAACCAGAUGGUGGACGAGCUCAUCGACUACGGCCACACCGACGCCGCCACCAUCGCCGAGUGGAAGGACGGCGUCAACGAGGCCUGGGCCGACCUCCUGGAGCUGAUGGAGACCCGCGCCCAGAUGUUGGCGGCGUCCCACGAGCUGCACAAGUUCUUCAACGACUGCAAGGAGGUCCUGGGGCAGAUCGAGGAGAAGCGGCAGCGGCUGCCCGAGCUGGCGGCGCGCGAGGGCAGGACCUCGGCCGGCGCCUUGCAGAGGGCCUUAGGCGCCUUCGAGCACGACGUGGAGGUGCUGGUGACGCAGGUGCGGCAGCUGCAGGAGGGCGCGGCGCAGCUGCGGACGCUCUACGCCGGGGACAACGCCGAGGCCAUCGCCGGGCGCGAGCAGGAGGUGCUGCGCGCCUGGAAGGAGCUGCUGGCGGCGUGCGAGGAGUGCCGGCUGCACGUGGCCAGCGUGGCCGACAAGAUCCGCUUCGUGGGCGCCGCCAGGGACCUGCUGGCCUGGAUGGACGGGGUGCUCCACCAGAUGGGCGCCGGGGAGAAGCCCAGGGACGUGUCCUCGGUGGAGCUGCUGAUGAACGACCACCAAAGCCUCAAGACCGAGAUGGAGGCCCGGGCCAAGAACGUGGCCACCUGCCUGGAGCUGGGCAAGACCCUCAUCCUCAGCAAGAGCCCAGCGGCCGACGAGAUCAAAUCACACAUGGAGAAGCUCCUGGCGAAGAAGAAGGAGAUGACGGAGAAGUGGGACAAGCACUGGGAGUGGCUGCAGCAGAUGCGCGAGGUGCACCAGUUCGCGCAGGAGGCCGUGGUGGCCGACGCGUGGCUGACGGCCCAGGAGCCGCUGCUGAAGAGCCAGGAGCUGGGCAGCAGCGUGGACGAGGUGGAGCAGCUGAUCCGGCGGCACGAGGCCUUCCGGAAGGCGGCGGCCGCCUGGGAGGAGAGGUUCAGCUCCCUGCGGCGCCUCACCACGAUCGAGAAGCUCAAGGCCGAGCAGAACAAGCAGCCGCCGACGCCGCUCCUGACCCGCAAAUUUUUGGGGGAGCCCCCGGGAGUUGCCGACCCUCGCCGGCCGGAGCCGCGCGUCGCCUACGUCCGGCACGAGCUGCGGCCGGAGCGCCUCCAGCCCAAGCUCGACCGCGUCCAGCCGCCGGCCGCCGACGGAGGACCCGCCGAGCCGCCCCCGGCCACCGCCGCCGUCACCGCGGCCACCGCUGCCGAGCCCCCGGUGGCCACCAAGGCCGAGGAGCCCGGCGAGGUCCGGCCGGGGCCGCCGGAGCGGCGCCGGGAGCGCCGGGAGCGCCGGCUGGAGCGGCAGGAGUCCAGCGAGCCGGAGCCGCCGCGACACGACGGGAAGGGCGGCGGCAGCAAAGCCACCCUGGCCGACAUCGUGGAGCAGCUGCAGGAGAAGGAGGCGGGCGGCCCCGUGCCGGCUUCGCCCCGUGACCGUGACUCCCCCGCCCGUCUCCCCGCUGGCCCCGAGGCCCUCCCGGAGAGGACCCCUCGGCCGGACCGUCCCCGGGCGCGGGACCGGCCGAAGCCGCGGCGCCGGCCGCGCCCCAAGGACUCGGCGCAGGGCCCGGGGGAGCCGCGGCGCUCGCGGUCGGCGCCGGCGCAGGGCAGCGCGCCCCCGCCGCCGCCGCCGCCCGCCCACACGGUGACGCACGAGGGGUUCCUGCUGCGCAAGCACGAGCUCGACGGCGCCGGCAAGAAAGCGUCCAACAGGUCUUGGGUGAACCUCUACUGCGUCCUGGCCAAGGGCGACCUGGGCUUCUACAAGGAUGCCAAAGGCCCCGCGGCCGGGGCCACCCACGGCGGGGAGCCCCUGCUGAGCCUGCACCGCGCCGCCAGCGAGGUGGCCAACGACUACAAGAAGAAGAAGAACGUCUUCAAGCUCAAGACCGGCGAUGGGAGCGAGUUCCUGCUGCAGGCCAAGGACGAGGAGGACAUGCAGGGCUGGCUGCGGGCGCUGGCCGCCAGCGCUCAGGAACACGCCGAGCUGGCCCGGUGGCAACAAGGCCUCCUCACCACCUCCUCCACCGACGAGGGGCUCCCCCGGCGCGACACCGACCGGCCCCGGCGGAAGUGACCCCCGCGAACCCCCACUUUGGGGUCCUGGCCCCCAAAAAAACCCCACAUUUCGGGGUCCCACCCCGAUCACGAGCCCUGGGUUUGGAGUCCCGAGCCCCGAUUUUGGGGUCCAGGCCUCCCCAAACUCUAAUUUGAGGGUCCCAGCCCCGCCAAAACCUCGGUUUUGGGGUCCUGCCCCCCUCAAAUCUCAAUCUUAGGAUCCUGGCUUCCCCAAAACCCUAAUUAUGGGGUCCUGGCUCCCCCAAAAUCUGAGUUUGGGGUCCUGCCCCCUACCCAAGAUGCGAGUUUGGGGUCCUAGCCCGCCCAAAACCCAAAAUUUGGGGUCCCGGCCCCCCUCUUCCCCCCAGCACAAGCCAUAGAGAGCCGGGGGGGCCCCAGCGCCGCCGUUGUACAAAUGUAAUAAAGCACCCGCUGCACCCCAAAA